GGGACGUCCCCGCCGCUGCCGCCCGCCGGGGGCUCUCCGGCCUCGCCAUGCCGCCGUGGGGCGCCGCCCUCGCCCUGCUCCUGGCCGCGCUCGCCCUGCUUGGCCUGCUCGCCGCGCUGCUGCGGCGCCCCGGGAGGCGCGCCGUCGGAGCGAGGACCCUGCCGGGGGCGCAGGGCCAAGACCACGAGGAGGAGGUGGACGGCGCAGGCCCCGCGGACCAGUUCAGCGACGAGCGUGAGCCUCUGCCCGGCGGGUGCAGGCUCAUCUGUAAGCCGUCGGCGCUGGCCCAGUGCCUGCUGCGCGCCUUGCGACGCUCGACAGCGCUGGAGCCGGGCCCGCGCUCCUGGCUCUCCGGGCCCCACCUGCAGACCCUCUGCCAUUUCGUGCUGCCGGUGGGGCCGGGGUCCGAUCUGGCCCGGGAGUACCUGCAGUUGGCGGACGACGGGCUGGUGGCCCUGGACUGGGUCGUGGGACCUUGCGCCCGGGGCCGCCGGGUCACCAAUGCCGGAGGCCUCCCGGCGGUGCUGCUGGUGAUCCCCAAUGCCUGGGGACGCCUCACCCGCAACGUGCUCGGCCUCUGCUUGCUGGCCCUGGAGCGCGGCUACUACCCGGUCAUCUUCCACCGUCGCGGCCACCACGGCUGCCCACUGGUCAGCCCCCGGCUGCAGCCUUUCGGGGACCCGUCUGAUCUCAAAGAGGCCAUCACUUACAUCCGCUUCCGACACCCCGCAGCCCCGCUGUUCGCGGUGAGCGAGGGCUCGGGCUCGGCGCUGCUGCUGUCCUACCUGGGCGAGUGUGGCUCCUCCAGCUACAUGACCGGUGCAGCCUGCAUCUCGCCGGUGCUAUGCUGCCGCGAGUGGUUUGAGGCCGGCCUGCCCUGGCCCUACGAGCGGGGCUUUCUGCUCCACCAGAAGAUCGCCCUCAGCAGGUAUGCCACAGCCCUGGAGGACACAGUGGACACUGGAAAACUGUUCAGGAGCCGCUCCCUGCGAGAGUUUGAAGAGACCCUCUUCUGCCACACCAAGAGCUUCCCCAUCAGCUGGGACACCUACUGGGACCACAACGACCCGCUCCGGGACGUGGAUGAGGCAGCCGUACCUGUGCUAUGCAUCUGUAGUGCCGAUGAUCCUGUGUGUGGGCCCCCAAACCACUUUCUGCCAACUGAACUCUUUCACAGCAACCCCUACUUCUUCCUCCUGCUCAGCCGCCACGGAGGCCACUGUGGCUUCCUGCGCCAGGAGCCCUUGCCAGCCUGGAGCCACGAGGUCAUCUUGGAGUACUUCCGGGCCUUGACUGAGUUCUUCCGAACGGAAGAGAGGAUGAAAGGGCUGAGCAGGCGCCGAGCUUCAUUCCUAGGGGGCCGGCGUCGCUGGGGAACCCUGCCAAAGCGGGAGGUCUCUCCCUCUUCCAACCUGGAAGAGAUCUUUAGCUGGAAGAGAUCGUAUACAAGGUGAGACCUGACCCAAGAACCCGCCAGCCCUGCGAGGAAGAACAGAGCUGGGCACAGCUGAGUCCUGAAAAGGCAGUGAGGACUGAAUGGGGCAGGCAGCUUCAGCUCUUUGCCCCUGAUUCAGCCCCUUCUCUCUUAAACUGGUCUGUGGAAAGAGAUGGAACUUCCAGCAAGCUAGCGUUCAUUUGCCCCUGAGCAGAACUCCUGCCCAGGCCCUGCUCUACACAUGCCAACUCAUCCUGGUUCAGCAGCUGGGCAUUCCCCAUCACUGUCCCCUGUCACCGACUUCAUAAGCCAAAGAAUAUCUCCAUGUAUGUCCCUGGACUCAAGAGAAAAUGCUCGCUCACAGCAAAGAUACAGAGGAGAUGAGUUUUGUGAGCCAUUGGGCAGGUCUGUGCCACAUAAAUAAUCAGCUCUGCGACACUGGUUCUCAAGCUGGAGCCACUUGAUGUAGGGAGGACAGGAUGUUUGUGUCUCGAUGCCACUUCCCUCGUUUUUUCCUGCGGCUGUGGCGCUCUACUGACUUCACGUGGUGGCAGAUGUGGAAGCGGCUCACAGAGCCAACGCGUCUUGCGUUGAGUGUGAGAUAGGCCCAUAGGCAGUAAGUGCUGUGCUGAGACUGGGUCGGGGAGGGCAACCAGCUAGAGAGCGUGAACGCCUGCGUCUGGAACACCAAGGGCCAGUCUUUUGGUUGAGUUCUGCAAGUCCUGACUGGGAGUGGGGCUGAUCUGGGGCUUCAGCCUAGGACCUCAAGACUCACUAGAGAGAUCCCAAGGAUGAUUUUAGGAAGAGGAAAUCCUCGCAGGGUCUGCUUGGCCAUGGCUCAAGGAGCCAGGCUCUCAGACAUUCUAGCUGCUCCCUCCAGUACCAUUUCGGGGGAUUACUCCAGAGAGUUCUAGCGAGAGGUGUUUUUCUCCUGAGAUGUGGGCUUUCUCUAAGUGGUAAAAGUAUAAACCUCAUAUCUUAGGUGUUUUUUUGGUUAGUUGCCCUCUUUUCUGACACUACUACUAGCCUUUCCCUCUCCAGACCCUGGAGGGACAUCUGGGACCAGAGAAAGCAAACAAAAUUUCCAAGAGAUUGGCUAGAGCUGACUCAGUGAUUUAUGAAUAUUUCACAUUACCAUGCUUUUUCUGCUCAGUUAUUCAAAAGGCCAUCCAUGUAGAUGCAGGAAAAGCUUCCUCCUGGAUCUGACCACUCAGUGACUGAUAGGCUUUUUGGUUUUAUGAGGACUGAUGCUUAAGAUCAGAGUAAAAUAAGGCAUUGUACAGAUUGACCCACACCUUGGUUUGGAUUAGGCCAUUAAGCAAUACAAUGGGACAUCCAGUUCCUCCCAGAAAAGCUUUGCCCUUUAGUUUUAAUUGGUCAUCAAGAAAGAAGGCACCUGUUUUGACAGGAAACUCCAUACUGGCCUCACAAAUAGCAAAGCAAUUUGAAGAAGGAGAGAUGUUUACCAAAAGCCAUAUCCUAAGGCUUGGUAUGAAGAAUUUCUGGGGCCAUGAUUUUAGGUUUGGAUAAUUUUAGCCCAUCCUUGUUCCUCUGGAUCAAAUAAGAAGAAACUCUGAACUAUCCAAGAAUCUAAACUGAAAUGCAGACAACAUUCAAUUGUCUAAGGCACAUUAUCCUGUCAUGAAAAAAUUCUCUCCCUCCUUCCCCACUUCUUGUUCCUCCUCCUCUGUGUUCCUCAUCUAACAUUCUCUCACCAUUUCUGAGCAGGAGAGAUAAUAAGGAAGUGAACCCUAAAGAAGCUGUUGUACUUCUGGUUAACGCCUUGGUAUAAGGCUUGGCAAAGAAGAAUUACUGACAUCUGGCCAGCCCCCUCCCCCAGCAUCUGGUACAGUGGGGAUUUCAGUUUAUUAGGUCUUGCAGUCCCAUAUGCAGGACCCUAUAAUCAUUCAGAACUCACUGCAAAAUGGGGAGCAGUCCAGUGGUUUUUAACCACCCCCCCACCCUCACCCCUCAGGAUUAAAGGGCCCCUAAGGGCUAAAAUCCAGAUUGUUUCUCUAGGCCAGAUACCACGGGACUCUGGUUAAGAUCAUAGCUUUUGGAGAAAUCAUGGUUCCUUUUUUACAGGAAAGCCGGCUUGUGGGGUGGGGUGG